AGCGGACAGGUAAUAAUCAAGCGUUUUAGCAAGGAAAAUUGCCGCAUCAAUCCUUGCCUCAAUGGUGGUACAUGUGUCCCUGGGCACUGUCGAAAUAUAUACAAGAGCUGUGAUCGAUGGGCAAUGGAAGAUAAAUGCGAGUUAGUUCGUUCACAGACGAACUUCUUCGAUAUGAAUUGUGCCGUUAGCUGUCAUACUUGUACUCCUAAACCUGAUCAACAAUUGAGCGAAAUCCCAAUUCCGCCGGCCUUAGAACCACUACAAUUUAUGGUUGGUAAAUGGCAUUCGUUAGCUGCAAAAGGACUGCGUUAUCCAACAGAUAUGUACUCGAAUUCAUAUGAGGAGGUAUUCGAUGUUAUACCAGCUGAAGUGCCCAUGAGCACAUCACGAAGCGGCAACGAUACACGAAUCACUCAGGCAUUUCUAACACUAAAAACGAAUUCCAAUCCCACGGAAGUGGCUGUUCUAAGUACUGGCAAUGAAGGACUGAAUAUGGUUGAAUUGGGCACAGUAGAUGAUCAUAUGGUAAUGCUGAACAUCAGUUAUAUGCAAGUACAUCCUUCACUCGACAGCACUAUUCUCCCACUCGGAGCAACCCGCCGAUUUCGGAUGAACGGGCAGUUCUUGGAGAUGACCGUCGCGAAACUCUUCCCCGAUAAUAAAGUUUCUCAAUUCAAGAAGAUGUUCCGCAAAACGAAAGACUAUCCACUUUGA